CCUUUGUAGCCUGUUCCCUGACCAGAUUAACACAAACAGCAAGUCUCGUCCCACCACAGCUGGCAGCAAGAUUAGAACUCAAGCCAACAAACUUGUGGAUGAAUUGAUGAAAUGCACACCUCACUACAUCAGAUGCAUUAAACCUAAUGAAACCAAACGUCCAAGAGAUUGGGAGGAGCUGAGGGUGAAGCAUCAGGUUGAAUAUUUAGGGUUGAAAGAAAACAUUCGUGUUCGUAGAGCUGGAUUUGCAUACAGAAGACCAUUCAACAAGUUUCUUCACAGGUAUGCCAUCCUGACCAAAGAAACUUGGCCUUGCUGGAAGGGUGACGAUAGAAAAGGAAUAGAGUGGAUUAUGAGAAGUGUCCACAUGGAGAAGAGCCAGUUUCAGCUUGGUAAAACCAAGGUGUUCGUCAAAGCUCCAGAAUCU